AAAGUUUCCCCUACGAAGCCCCCUCAUUCACGAAGUAUGUGGAGAAGUUCAUCGAAACGGAGGAGCGCGCGCUUGCGUUCUGACAAUAUCGUGUUGAAAGUUUCUAUCCUAUCGGCCAGUCGACAGUGUGCGCUAGAGCUGCCAGUAUGUAUGAUCAAUCAUACACCAUAGGUGACGAUCAACUAAAAAACAACCAUUACCAGGACGACAUACAUUACACGCUGCAGAUGUGUCAAUGGCUGUUGAAGCUGAUUGGAAUGUGGCCCCUCGUUAACAAUCACACGAGCAGACUGGAACAGCUUCUCUCAGUCGUCGUCAUGAUCAUAUGCUUCUGCAGUAUAUUCUUCAUCAUCUUGCCAUCUGGCCAUCACUUCUUCUUCGUAGAGAAAAAUCUUUACAUGAAGGUGAAAAUGCUCGGUCCAGUUGGCUUCUGUGUAUUUGCCACAGUUAAGUACACUUACCUCGCCCUAAAAGGAGCCUUCCUGCAGAGGUGCAUCCGACAGCUCAAAAAUGACUGGAAGAGAGUGCAGGAUCCGAGUCAUCGAGCGAUUAUGUUAAAAUACGCGGGCAUUAGCAGAAAGCUUAUCACCAUGUGCGCCGUUUUUAUAUAUACAGGUGGAAUGUCCUAUCACACGGUAGCGCAAUUCUUGUCCACGGAUAAGACUAGAGAGAAUUAUACAGUUAGACCAUUGACUUAUAUCGGUUACGAUCCGUUUUUUGAUACGCAAUCUAGUCCUACCUAUGAAAUCGUGUUCUUUCUCCACUGUUUCGCUGCUAUGAUUAUGUAUAGCAUCACCACGGUUGCAUAUGGUUUGGCUGCAGUGUUUGUUACUCAUGUUUGUGGCCAGAUUCAAAUACAGAUUGUAAGGUUGCAGAAUUUGGUGGAGAGCAAGGAUCGUGAUCUUUUUGCUGUUAUUGUGCGCGAUCACGUAGAAACUUUAAGAUUUUCGAAAAAUAUCGAAGAUGCUUUAUAUCAGAUUUGCUUGACAGAGAUCGUAGAGUGCACGAUGAAUAUGUGUAUGCUCGAAUAUUACUGCUUGAUGGAAUGGGCAAGCACUGAUCUAAUCGUUACAUUCACCUAUAUUACUCUGUUGACUUCCUUUACAUUUAAUAUAUUUAUAUUUUGCUACAUAGGUGAACUACUUUCUGAGCAGUGUAGCGAAAUUGGUACAGCUUCUUAUGAAAUCGACUGGUAUAACUUGCCAGCUAAAGAAGCUUACGAUCUUAUUCUACUGAUCUCUAUAUCUCAGUAUCCGCCAAAACUAACUGCUGGAAAAAUAAUUGAAUUAUCUCUGAACACUUUUAGCUCCGUAGCAAAAACGUCAUUAGUUUAUUUGAAUUUACUUCAAACAGUGGCAGAUUGGUAA